AUGAACCUCUCUUCUGAGCCCUGCAACAUUUCGGACUGGUUGAGGCUGGAAGCAACAGUGAAGGCCUCUGUGUAUGUGGUCACUUCCUCCUUUGCCAUGUCCAUCACUGUCCUCGUGGUCACUGCAGUGUCCCAGAAUUGGAAGCUGCGGCGAGAGAUCCGGCACAUCCUCUUUUGCCAUCACCUGCUGUGCAUUUCCUCCUACUGUGCACUGGGGGUCAUUUUCCAAGGAAUGCGGGCCCUGCAGGCCCACAGCCCCCUGCUGAUGUGCUGGGUGGUGUUUGGGGCGCAGCUCAGUGUUGGUGAAGGGAUUCUCUUCACUCUAGCCCUGAUGGCUCUCAACACCUACCUGCUGGUUUGCUGGCCACUGAAAUCUCUGUGCUUAGUAGACUCAGUGAAGUACAGGGUUCUGGCUGGGGUCUGGGUAGUCAUUGUAUCCAAGAACGUCUGCUUAUUCCUCAUAGAGGGCAUUAGUCCCACCCCAGUUUCUAUUUUACAAUCUGUGCCCGUGUGCCCUGUGAUCCUGAAUGGCAUACCUGCCAGGGCCACUGGCAUGCUUUUCCUUUUCCUCCCUUUGUCCGUUAUCCUUGUAAGUUACUUUCUGAUCUAUCAAGAGGGCAAAAGAGCUGGCCAUUUUAAUAAGUCAAACACAAAAGCAAAGAAAACAGUCCUUAUUCAUCUCCUGCAGAUAAGUCUACAUGUAGUGCCGACCCUGACAUUCAUAGCUUUGGGAAAGAAGUGUGGCAUAGUUUUCUUUGCUGUAAACCUGGUCCUUUUUGGUGUCUUUGCAUUUGCCCAGGGCUUUAACCCUCUGAUCUAUGGGCUCCAGAACAGAGCACUACAAGACAGAUUGCACCAAUGGAUAUGCUGUCAGGGGAGCCGAGGUCACUUGAUGACAAGAAGAGGGUCAGUUAAGGCAAAAGCUCAGUCCUGCAAAUGA